AUGGCACCAGCAAAAGAAGCAAUCAACACCACCAAACUCUCCUUCACCGUCGCCCAGAAAGUUUGCACCCCAAAGGCCCUCGAGCAGCUAGCAUGCGCCUUCCUGGCCACCGAAGAUCUCUACGCAUUCGACAAAGACAAAGCCGCCCGCGAGUUCGGCGGUGCCAAGCCUGAUAGCUUCAAGCGCCAGAUAUGGGUCAUGGGCAAGAAGAUCAAGGAUGCUAUGGACAGUGGCGUGACUGGAGAUGAGGGUGAGGGUGAGGCGCCUGUGAAGGAGAAGGCGAAGGGACGGAAGAGGGAAGGGGGAUGGAGAGGAGGGUGCGGGUGCGGGUGGAGCGAAGAAGAAGGGGAAGAAGGCGAAGGAGGUUGUGGAGGGGGAAGCAGUCAGUGA